AUGGGAAACAACAGCAGCUCCACAGUGGAUGACCUACAGGCUGUGGAGAUCCACCACUGGUACAAGAAGUUCAUGACGGAGUGUCCUUCUGGACAGCUGACAGAGCAUGAAUUUAAGCAGUUCUUUGGGCUUCGAGGGCUCGAUCCGGAGGCCAAUAGGUACAUUGAGCAGAUGUUCCGCACAUUUGAUAUGAACAAGGAUGGGUAUAUUGACUUCAUGGAAUAUGUGGCUGCCCUCAGCCUUGUUCUCCGAGGGAAGAUGGAGCAGAAGCUGCGGUGGUAUUUCAAGCUCUAUGAUGUAGAUGGCAAUGGCUGCAUUGAUCGACAUGAACUGCUCAACAUUAUUAAGGCUAUUCGAGCUAUUAAUGGUGGUGACCAUGAAACUAGUGCAGAAGAGUUCACCAACCGAGUCUUUGACAGGAUUGAUGUGAAUGGAGAUGGUGAACUUUCUUUGGAUGAAUUUGUGGAGGGAGCAAGGAAAGACGAGGAGUUCAUGCAGGUUAUGAUGAAAAGUUUGGACCUGUCUCACAUUGUGGCCAUGAUCAACAACCGUCGGCAUAGUAUAUAAAUCAAGCUGGGAGAAAAUGCUGUGCCUAUAGACAGAAGGGUAUAGAAACACAAGGAAGGAGAGACACCAUUUUUUAAAACAAAAUUUCCACAAACAUGAAUAUGGAAGUAGGAACAGAAAGACACUGCUAAAUUUUUAUCUGAGUGCACGUUCCUGUACAAAUACUGAAGCUUAGCCAUGUAAAUGCAGGACAGGUUCAGAAAACUGGAUCUGCGUGUCAGUAUUUGACUUCCUAAAAUUUAAAGACCAAAUUUCAGGGCACAAAUUUCCUCCUUAUUCUAUGUCCCAGAUUGUCACUUUGCAAUGGACUGAAGGUAAUGCCAAGUUUGUGAAGAACACUAGCAGAACUGGAUGAUGACAUGUACAAAAGAAGAGCUUCAAACUGUUAUCAACAUAGAGAACUGUCAAAAGAAUGUAACUUGUGCUGCUCUUGUCAUGACAUUGGUUCAUAAACACCAGCAUGGUUGUCCAUACCAGAUGUGCUUCUAUUUGGUAGUCUCUACAGGAGUAGUUUUAGUCAUAAGAUCACAGGAACUGGAAGAAAAACCAGUCUGUCAGUGACAAAUCUGUCCCAGCUGCACUGUCAGUAAUGCAGAUGUUUGAGCUUUCUGUGAUCAAAGAACUCUACCAAAGAAGUCAACAGUCUGGAGCAGCUUCUGUAACCAGAGAAAAUAUGCUGCUCAGUUUCCCAAAGCAUUACUUGAGAGAUCAAAUCUUUUAUACACUUGUUGCCCUGCUUAUUCUCUUCUCAUACAACUGAAUCCCUGAAAGUGUUCAAGGCCAGGUUGAACAGGGCUUGGAGCAACCUGAACUAGUGAGUGGCAUCCCUGCCAAUGGCAUAGGGUUGGAACUAGGUGAUCUUUGAGGUCCCUUCCAACCCAAACCAUUCUGUGACUCUAUGAUAAAUGAAGUAUGUGAAGAUGAUCUUGUUGCUUCACAUGUUCUUCAUUGGGGUUUCAUUUUGGUCUUGAGGAGACAACCUAAUCAAAACAAACAUCUCAGCAAGGUGACUUGUGAAUCCUGCUGUUCAUGUGAAUGCCAGAGUGAAGUUAAUACUCUGUGCUGCCACAAAGGGCUCUCUGUACAGAAGAGUGAUGUAGCAUGGAUAGAACCUCAGCAAAGUGUCUUGUUCACUGACAUUAGAUAAGGUCAUGAUCAGAAGCUCCUUUGACUUCAGAGAGAGAACCAGAAGGAAAGAAGAAUGCAGGAAAGGUUCAGCUGAGUGCCUAUGCCAUAGCUGGCAUGUUUUUCCUGUGCAGGAGGAAGAACUUGCAGACUUUAGACUGGACUUAUUCUUGCUCAUAUUUAAGCUUCUGUGAUGUUCAUAUGUGUGUUGGGUUUGCGUGGCCACGUUUUGGCUGCGGGGGGGUGGGGUGGGUGUCUACAGGAGUGGCUUCUGUGAGAAGCUGCCAGAAGUUUCCCCCUUGUCCAGCAGAGCUAAUGCCAGCUGUCUCCAGGAUGGACCCACCGCUGGCCAAGGCUGAGCCCAGCAGAGAUGGCAGUGACACCCUGGGGAUAAGGUAUUUAAGAAGGAAAAAAGUUAUUGGGCAGAAGCAAUUGCAGCCAGAGAAGAGAGGAGUGAGAAUAUGUGAGAGGAAUAGCUCUGC